AUGUCUAACAAACAACUGGUAAAGCCAAAAACGGAGACAAAGACGGAUAUCACCACCGAACAGUCUCAAAAAUUGCUUCAAACAAUGCUAACAAUGUCUUUUGGCUGCUUGGCAUUUCUCAGAGGUUUGUUCCCAGACGAUAUAUUUGUUGAUCAACGAUUCGUCCCAGAGAAAGUUGAGAAAAAUUACAAUAAACAAGCCACAUCUCAAAAUAAUUCCAUCAAAAUCAAAACUUUAAUUAGAGGCAAAUCCAGUCAAGUGGAUCUGUUGUUAGACUGGUUGGAAAAGGGCGUCUUCAAAUCAAUCCGUUUAAAAUGUCUGAAGGCGCUUUCGCUGGGCAUUUUCUUGGAAGAUCCCACCGAUCUUUUGGAGAAUUAUAUUUUUAGCUUUGACUAUGAUGAAGCAAAUAACGUUAAUAUAAGUGUUGAUUUGGGGGAUGAUAAAAACAAAAAUAAGAAAGCGAGUGAAGACAACGAAACUAUUUCUCUAUUAGAUUCAAGAAAAAUGGUUCAACAGCUAAUGAGACGGUUUAUCAUUAUCACCCAGUCUUUGGAACCUUUGCCUCAGAAGAAAUUCCUUACAAUGAGGCUGAUGUUUAAUGAUAAUGUCGACCAAGAUUACCAACCAGAACUAUUUAAGGACGCUACCUUUGAGAAAAGAGCAACCUUGAGGGUCCCGACAAGCUUAGACAAUGAUGCGUUUAACGUCGGUACUCUGAAUACAAAACAUCAUAAAGUGGCUCUUUCCGUUUUAUCGGCGGCAACAUCUACCAUGGAGGGAGCCGAAAGUACAAAUUUCAUUAGAGUCGAUCCCUUUGAAAUGAUUUUAGAGGAGCAAGAGCAAAAGCAACAGGAGAAAUCAAUUUCUGCAAAACCCCAGAACUUUGUUACAAGUCAAACAACAAAUCUGCUUGGAAAUCUUCUAAACUCUUCUCAAGCAAGUAUACAACCGACUCAAUUUGUUUCAAAUAACACGCUCACUUCUCUUUGUAAUUGCGAAUGUGGAUUGCAGGUUCCUAAAGAAGCCACGGUCUUGAAAACUUGUAAAAGCUGCCGAAAGACAUUACAUGGUAUCUGUUAUGGGAAUUUCCUACAUUCAUCAAUUGAAAAAUGUUUUUCUUGUAUUUUCGGUCCUUCAUUAGAUAUUAAAUGGUCCAAAUUUCAAGACCUUAUGAUGAUUAGAAAGGUUUUUAGGUUUCUGGURAGAAGAAAGAGAGGCUUCCCAGCUUCCAUAACGGAGCUGAUUGAUAGCUUUAUUCACCUCGAGGAUCAAAAUAACGAAAUAAAAGAAAGAGUUGCUUUCGCCCUAUUUGUCUUCUUUUUGGAUGAAACACUCUGCCUGGAUAAUGGGGGUAAACCCAGCCAAACUAUUAGGUAUGUCACGAAUUCUGUUCUUGUUGAUUUAAAAGGAAUUGUCACACCAAAUAACAAAAAAGAACUGAAAACAAAUCAAGAAUAUAUAUUGCAUUUCACUACCAGUUCACCCAAAGCGGGAAGCUUUUAUCAAGAAGUUCUACCAAACUCAAGAAAACAAAUCGAGUCAUGGUUGGAAGAUAUCACUAACUUGAGAAGAAUGUAUGUUGAGACUCUUUCUCCCUCUUCAACUUUGCAAGAGCUUGACCUCAAUUCAAGCCUUCCAACUCAAGACCCGAUAAUAAUUGGUCAAAAGAGAAAGCAUUAUAAUCUUGAGGAGUACUUACAAGAUGAAAAAAGCUCAGUUAUGAAUGAUACGAUGAAAGCAAAGGAUUUUGAUGAAAAUGUACCAACAAAGGUUCGUAAAAUUAGUGUCUCUAAAAAAACUCUGAAAAGUAACUGGUAG